AUGGAGAUCCCGUCCACGCAGAGAGCAGCCUUGGUUGAGAAGACGGGCGGCCCGGAGGUUCUGGAACAUCGAAGUGACCAUGCCGUACCUCAACCGAAAGAAGGCCAAGUGCUAGUCAGGAACGAAAUUGCGGGCAUCAACUACAUCGAUACCUACUUCCGCACAGGCUUGUAUCCGUCACCGAAACCUGAGGUUUUGGGCCGGGAAGCAGCGGGUGUCGUCGUAACCCUAGGUCCUGGCACAGACAAGUACAACCUCAAGGUUGGUGACAGGGUCAUCUGGCUAACCAAUGCCGGAUAUCUCCGCUCUGACAUUGACCUUAACAACGGACUUCUAUCGCGAGCACACUAG